CUUUGAAAAAGCUUUCGGUUGAUUUUAUCUGCUCAAAAAAGUUAACUUUCUUUCCACCCAUGAAAUGAUGCUUAGCUUCCCACUAAAUACUACCGCUUUGAAUUUUGUGUGUGUAGCUUUCUUUCUUAAUAAGAAAUCUUUCAUCAUCAUCAUUAUCUUACAGUUGAAAGUACUGCACUCUUUUUCUCUCUCUUUCUCUUUCCCACCUUCUGAUAAAGGGAUCUGGGAAAGUUGUUCCUCUUUGUUCUUUUGCCCUUGUAAACAUGGAAUUGGGGUUAUUAAAGCCAUGGAGGGCUCAUCAAGGCCUGCCCUAAGGUCAAGGCCUCAAAAGGACCAAGCUUUAAACUGCCCAAGGUGCACUUCCACACACACCAAGUUUUGUUACUACAACAAUUACAGUCUCUCUCAGCCCAGAUAUUUCUGCAAGACCUGUAGGAGGUACUGGACUGAGGGUGGUUCUCUCAGAAAUGUACCUGUGGGUGGUGGGUCAAGGAAGAACAAGAGACCAUCAUCAUCUUCAUCUUCAACAUCAUCGCCAUCAUCAAAGAACAAGAUUAUUCCCAAUCUGACUCCACCACCUCCAACCAUCCUGUACUCUGACUCUCAAAACCCUAAUAAUAAGCUCCAUGAAGGCCAAGAUGUGAGCCUGUCCAGCUACUUGCCGGCUCAGGCUUACGCUGCCAUUAAUCACCACCUUCCAAACCCUAGCUCUUCUUCUUCCCCAAUGGAGCUCCUAAAGAGCGGUGGGACUUGUCCUAGUGGUUUGACCCUGAGCAGUUUAAUGGCGAUUCCCGGGUCUGAUUCAAGCGCCUGCAUGUAUUCAUCACCAGCUGGGUUUCCUAUGCAAGAACUCAAGCCAACCCUCCAAUAUUUCUCUCUGGCUGGCCUUGAAGCUGGGGAGUUCAAACAAGCGCCUUCGAGGACUGCUGAAUUCGAGCAAAUGAAUAGGGGGCAGCAUGGAAAUUCAUCAACUGGGUAUUGGAGUGGAUUGUUGGGUGGAGGAUCAUGGUGAUGACAUGGUCAUAUGACAGAAAGAUAGCAGCUCGUUUUGCAUGAAAAGCAUUUGCAAGAGAUCAGAAUGAGUUUGAUUUUUCUUUGAUUUAUUUUUCCUUUUUAAAUAUUUCCCUCUCAGUGGUGUGUGACUUGUUUCUAGGAUGAUGAAAGGCUAGAUAACGGAUAGAGGUAAAAUGGUUGGUUUCUUCAUUUUUCUUAAUUACUGUCAUCCCCCUGAGUGAGUUUGGUUGCUUUGUUUUCCUUCA